UUGUGAGAUUGUGGAAAUGUCUGGAAGAGGAAAGACCGGCGGAAAAGUUCGGUCCAAGGCCAAGUCUCGCUCCUCCCGGGCUGGACUGCAGUUCCCGGUGGGCCGUGUUCACAGGCUCCUGAGAAAGGGCAACUAUGCUGAGCGUGUGGGUGCCGGAGCCCCGGUCUAUCUGGCUGCUGUGCUGGAGUAUCUGACGGCUGAAAUCCUCGAGCUGGCCGGUAACGCGGCCCGGGACAACAAGAAGACCCGCAUCAUCCCCAGACACCUGCAGCUGGCCGUCCGCAACGACGAGGAGCUCAACAAGCUGCUGGGAGGGGUGACCAUCGCUCAGGGCGGGGUGCUGCCUAAUAUCCAGGCCGUGCUGCUGCCCAAGAAAACCAGCGCCGCUGCGGGCUCGAAGACCAAGUGAAGCGGCCAUUCUUUAAUCUAAUAACCCAAAGGCUCUUUUCAGAGC